UUUAUUAUAGGCUAAGUGUGCGUCCUUACCCACUAUCGUUUUCACUUCGCAAAUAACAGUAACAAGAGUAGAAUGUCUGGACGAGGCAAAGGCGGGAAAGGUCUUGGAAAGGGUGGCGCGAAGCGUCAUCGCAAAGUUCUUCGCGACAACAUCCAGGGCAUCACCAAGCCUGCAAUCAGGCGCCUGGCUCGCCGUGGUGGUGUGAAGCGAAUCUCCGGGCUCAUCUAUGAGGAGACCCGUGGUGUACUGAAGGUGUUUCUUGAGAACGUGAUCCGUGAUGCCGUCACCUACACCGAACAUGCGAAGAGAAAGACCGUCACUGCUAUGGAUGUCGUCUAUGCUCUGAAGCGACAGGGUCGUACUCUGUACGGCUUUGGCGGUUAGGUCUUCCCCGUCACCGGUUUAACCAAAGGCUCUUUUAAGAGCCGCCCAAGUUUUCUGCAAAGGCAACAUUUUCUCAAACAGGCCUAUUCGUCGCCAUGGCAUAUCAGUUACGCGUCAUUCAUUUAUCGUAAUAGUAUAAUAUUGAACGGGUGUAUGGCUAUUUCAAACUUUUGGGAUUCACAUUCUGGAUUAAGAAAUGCAUUAAUGCUGAAAAUUGACGUUUCCAUAUGAGACGGCUUUCCUGGUCAAAGAAGGCACUCUGAAUCUUCUGCCAGAAGGAAGUAGAUCAAAACAAGGAUGGAGUGGGUGGUUGACGCUACUUUUACGCAUUCGGUAGCCGGUUUCCUGGAGACAUGUCUCCAUGUAUCCUCGAGAACAGAAAACGGUGUGCAAUGUUUAUCCUUUAUUACCAUGCUAUAAAACCACAUAAAUAAAUUGAA